AGAGAAAACUGACGGCCAGUUUCCCAAGCCCAGCCUAGGGGAGGGAGCUGCGCGCUGACGUCACUUCGCGCCCGCCGCGCGUUCCGUCUCUCGGCCUCUCUUUGGCGGCCUCCCCUUUCUGUCGUCGCCUUAUGAGGCGGGGCCUGAAUUGACAGACGCAGCGCGUGAAAGAGCCGGCGGCGGUUGGGUUUCGGCCGUUGCGGCUCCGCCCCUUCCUCCUCCUGCCCGCCCCCCCCUCCCAACCGUCGUCCCGUGUUUUCGGGCUCCGCAGUGAACUUGGCUCCAACAGCCUGUUCGCGGAAGAUGUUCGAGAGCCUGCGCGACCGGCUCCUGAGCGUCCAGCAGGACUUAACUUCGGGGUUGAAGACUUUGGGUGAGAAAUCAAGAGAAGCCAAAAUAAGCAAGCAAAGGAAUGUUCAGUGUUUGCCAGAGUUUUCAGCUGGAUUAGAUCUACUGAGCAGGUAUGAAGAUAUUUGGGCAGCCCUUCACAGAGGAACAAAAGAAUGUGCAAAAAUGGGAGAGUUGGUGGAUAGUGAAGUUGUGAUGCUUUCUGCACACUGGGAGAAGAAAAGAAGUGGUCUCCUAGACCUUCAGGAGCAGCUCCAGCAAAUUCCUGUUUUUUUAGCAGACUUGGAAUCUACAACAGCUAGUCUGGUCCAGCUGGAAGCAAAUUUCAAGGAAAUGGAGAACCAUUUACUGAAUCUUGAGGACCUUUGUGGGCAGUGUGAAUUGGAAAGGUACAAGCAUAUACAGGCACUUCAGCUGGAAAACUACAAGAAGACCAAACGAAAAGAACUUGAGAUCUUCAAAGCUGAACUAGAUGCAGAGCAUGCACAGAAGGUGCUGGAUAUGGAGCACACUCAACAAAUGAAGCUCAAGGAGCGGCAAAAGUUCUUUGAAGAAGCUUUCCAGCAAGACAUGGAACAGUACCUCUCCACGGGCUAUCUCCAAAUAGCUGAAAGGCGAGAGCCCAUAGGAAGCAUGUCUUCUAUGGAAGUGAAUGUGGACAUGUUGGAGCAGAUGGACCUCGUGGAUAUGUCUGACCAAGAAGCCUUAGAUGUCUUUCUUAAUUCUGGAGGAGAGGACAGUACUAUGCCAUCUCCCAUGAUAGGGCCGGACUCUACCCCCUGCCAAAAUGAAAUCAGUCUCCAGGUCCCUAUGUGGUCCUCCACAACAGGAUGCACCGAUUCUACCGGCCAGGAUGCCAGUGAAGGGGAGUCGCCUGUGAUCCAGUCAGAUGAGGAGGACGUGCAAGUGGACACUGCCCUUGUGGCUGACAGUGCAGAAGGCAGGGGCCCUUCUGAUCUGAGCGAUGAGAGUGACUCACCAACUGGCUGAAUCUAAUCCAAAUGCCCCAUAGGAAUUACAACCCCGGAAUGAGCGAAGAAACGGUCGAAUGAGCUUGCCCGUGUCACUGUAAUGAUUUAUCAUGAAAAAAAAUUAGCACACACAAAAUGAAUUUUGGUCAUGUAAAAUACUGAUUUUUAUAAGAAAAGAAUUCACAAAAGCACACCUUUUAGCAAUAAAGCCUUGGCUUUUGAACACAAAACUUUCUAUACGGAGGGCUGCCCAAGGCAUAAAUUUUGACAGGGUUUAUUUUAAAGUCCUCAGUAGGAAUGUUUAAAAUACAGGUGUGCGUGUGUGUGUGAUUGUUAUUGGUGUGCUUGUCUCAAUCGCUGUGUUUAGAAACUGAUAAAAACCCUUACUUGCUUAUAUUCAAACUGUUAAUGGCAGAAUAACCACUUCUAAUGUUCCCCUUCUACAACCUGACAAAAGGAAAACAAAGGCAGGCGAGAGGUCGCAUUGAACUUCUAAAAGGGAGUGGUGGAGUUAAUGUUCUGACUGAAGUAGUGGGUGUCACGGACGCCAUUACUUGCAAAAAGGGGCCGUGCUGGGCAAAUAAUUGCAAAGUGUAUAUACCUUGAAUGCAAAGUAUUUUUAACUACUUCUAUAAAUGACAAAAAGUUCCUGCUUGACUUUAAAGGCAAAUGAAAGGGUAUAGGCUAGUCUUAGUUUUCUGUCUUUUACAUUCAUAUUCUGACGAUCCAGUUAUCAGACACAUUGAUGCAGAAAGGGUUGGAGAGUAUGGUAGUAUGUUUGAGGCUGCAUUUCGAUUUGGGUACAGUUGCUUAGUGCAGCAGGUCACAGCCAAGCCUGUUGUUUGAUACCUAGAUACAUUUCUGAACUUCCUGUUCCUUAUGUGAGAGAAUUACGACUGCUCCUUAACCCUGCAUUAAUCACCCUGUUAUCCUACUAUCAGUCUCUCAAGCCUAUCCCCCUUUAGGUACUGAGCUGCUAUAGGGGUGUUUUGACAUUAUGCAAUGAAUUACUUAGAUCCUUGAGGCUGUCUCCAAUUAAGAAUGUAAGAUUAUCCAAUACAAGGGGGACAGAAUACUAAAAAAGUGUUUUUGACAGAGAUCUGAAUAUAAGGGUUUAUUUCUGAUCUGGUCAAAUAACAUAGUUCAAUAAAAUAAAAACUAGACAUAACUUAAGUUUCUAGUUUUCUCUAGCCUAUUAGAAAGGUUCUGUUUCCUUCAAAAUUUUUUGACUCUACUACUCUCUCAGAAGAAAGACAAAGUGUCCAAAAGUGUUUUUUUUUAUUAAACCUUGUAUUACAAACCUGAAAAGUAAACAAAAACUGGCAAUAAACAUGAAGUCUCUCCUUGCAAGGAAAGAGAGCAAGAGCAGCGCUAAUAAAUUAAAGGUCAAACUGUAAGCCAUAGUCAGAAGUUUACUGUCAAGAAGGAAAAAAGUACACAGCAAGGCCAUCAAAAACCGGACAACCACAUUGGAAAACACUCGACUCUGUAGGUUAUUGUUAAAUAUUUUCAAAACAGUUCAGUCUUCUGCAACAACCAACAAUUAUGUUAUUUUUUUUUAUAAGACUUUCCUGACAGUCACCACUGGCAAGCUCAGUGCAAUAUGGGGUGGCUCUAUGGUCUUGUCGAAUUCAAUUAUGAAACAAAGAGUUUUGUGAAAACAUUUUCCCUUUUUUAUUCCACACAUACUGUACACACAACUGGAAAAGGGCAACAACUACUCCAUUUAUUAUUUUUUGUCGUUGUUCAGUGAUGUAAGCAGCACUUAUAAAUGUUACAAGAAAAACCCUGUAAGCAUCCAAUCCAACCGAUGAAGAAAGUGAAACGUAAGGCUUUUCUUCAUCUUGUCUCUUUGCCACCCUUCCCCGCCCUCCCGAAGAAAAAAAGGCUCAAGUAUUUAAAACAAUUUACAGGCUUAUGUACAAAAGGUAUGAUUUCUUUUUUUUUUGUUACAACGUGAAGAAGAAAAAAAAAUUAGACAAGAUGGAGAGCAAAAUGAAUUUUCACAUUCAAAAAAAGAAAGAUGCAAACCUGCUAGUGGCUCUAAAUGUGAUCAUAUAACAAAAAAAAAUUCAAAACGAAAUUAAUGCUGACUGUGAAAAGGUAUGGAAAACAUCAGUGGAAUGAAAAUGGAAUGUUAAAGAUUGCACGUCUAUGACAAGAAGCACUUAUGGCUUCAAUCAUUUUUAAAGGAUGCUAUUGAAGGGUUUUUUUUUUUUGACAAAAGUAGCCAACAGCACCAAAAAAACAACAGAAUGGAUUUCCUAAUGAAAUCAGGCACAGUUUUUUUCGCUCACGUGACUCCUCAGGGCAGGCAGUCGUCUUCUCUUUCUUCUCCUCCUCGAACAGAUGCAUAGUGAAGUGCUGGUAACAGAGAACAGUUUCUCCAAAUCCCCCAUUUUGCCUACAGUUAGAAAACUAAGUCCAUCUUCAGCUGCCGUAACCUCUCAAAGAAAAGUGUGUAAUUCUCCGAUUUAAAAAGGUACAAAACUCAUCCUGCCUGUUACAGAAUACAAGCCAAAAGUAUAGCGAUUUCUUUCAAGUUUUGUCUCCUAUCCCUUUUCUGGCUUGGAAAAAAAAAGUAUUUGCGGUCAUGACUGGAGAACAAAUCAUCACCCACGCCAAACUUCAACCUAUUGGAAAAACAAAACAAACAAAAAGGGGUUGCGGCGGAAAAAAAAAAAAAGCCUUUUUCACAGUUACUGAAAGGGAAAAAAGGCUUUUUAAAAUUUUCAGCCAGAGGAACAAAUACAAAUGAAUGUCAUUUUGCCUCUCACCAGUUUUAAAACAGUGAAUGCACAGCAGUUGGGGGGGGGGGGA